AACAGUUUAACACAGCAACCUUUCCGGGUUGGCGCCAUUUCACCUUCUCUCUCGAGUCCACUCAGUGACUUCCAUCAUCUCUCUGUCUCCAUCUCUCACUCUAAGCCCUAGCUCUCUCUCCCUCACAAACCGGUGAUUCAAGGUUUCUUGGAGCUUCAAUUCUGCAUUUCGACACUCGGAACGCCGCAACAAUAGAAUCUACAAUGGCGGAGCGUCGCUCUAAACGCCCCAAAAUCACCAGAGGGGAAGAUGAUUAUUUACCUGGGAAUAUAACUGAGAUUGAGCUCCAUAAUUUUAUGACAUUCAAUGAUCUGAAAUGCAAACCGGGUUCACGUUUAAAUCUUGUAAUUGGACCCAACGGAUCAGGGAAAAGCUCUCUCGUGUGUGCCAUUGCCCUAGGUCUUGGCGGUGAUCCUCAGCUGCUUGGAAGGGCUUCUAGUAUUGGUGCAUAUGUGAAGCGUGGGGAGGAGUCGGGAUACAUCAAGAUUUCCUUGAGAGGGGACACUGAAGAGGAGCAGAUUACCAUUAUGCGCAAAAUAGAUACACGUAACAAGUCUGAGUGGUUGUUCAAUGGCAAAGUGGUGGCAAAAAAAGAUGUAAUUGAAAUCGUUCGAAGGUUCAAUAUCCAAGUCAACAAUUUGACUCAAUUCUUGCCACAAGACAGGGUCUCUGAAUUUGCUAAGUUAACUCCUGUGCAACUUCUAGAAGAAACAGAAAAGGCUGUUGGUGAUCCUCAACUACCAGUCCAACAUUGUGCUCUUGUUCUUAAAAGUAGAGAACUGAAGAAACUUGAAAAAGCUGUAGAGCAGAAUGGGGAAAUGUUGAAUUGUUUGAAGACACUUAAUUCUGAACGAGAAAAAGAUGUUGAGCGUGUCCGUCAAAGACAAGAACUUCUAGCAAAGGUUGAAUCCAUGAAAAAGAAACUGCCAUGGUUGAAGUACGAUAUGCAGAAGGUCCGAUAUAUGGAAGCUAAAGAGCAGGAGAAUGAUGCAAAAAAGAAGUUGGAUGAAGCUGCUAAGACUUUGAAUGAUAUCAGAGAACCUAUAGAGAAACAGAAGCAAGAGAAAGCAGCACUAGAUGCUAAAUGCAAAAAAGUUAGUGGGCUCAUGAAUGGCAAUUCUAAGAGGCGCAUGGAACUUCUAGAGAAGGAAAAUCGUUUGGGAGUGCAAGUACGAGGAAAAUACAAUGAAAUGGAAGAGUUGAGGAGGCAAGAAGAAUCACGUCAACAAAGAAUUUCAAAAGCUAAGGAAGAUCUUGUUGCUGCUGAACUAGAACUUGCUAGCCUGCCUCCCUAUGAACAUCCUAAAGAUGAAAUUGAAAGAUUAGGAUCUCAAAUUCUUGAGCUAGAAUUCUCUGCAAGUCAAAAAAGGCUCGUAAAGUCAGAAAAGGAAAAACUCUUAGGUCAGAAGAAAGGAGCCCUGAGGCAGUGUGUAGAUAGGUUGAAGGAUAUGGAAAAUAAAAAUAAUAAACUGUUACAGGCAUUGCAAAAUUCCGGAGCUGAAAAGAUAUUUGAAGCUUAUCACUGGUUGCAGGAACAUCGCCAUGAGUUGAAUAAGGACGUGUAUGGUCCUGUGUUGCUUGAGGUUAAUGUGUCACAUCGGAUUCAUGCAGACUAUUUGGAAGGUCAUAUCCCUUAUUAUAUUUGGAAGUCCUUCAUAACUCAGGAUCCUGAUGACCGGGAUUUCUUAGUAAAAAACUUGAGGUCAUUUGAUGUUCCUGUCUUAAAUUAUGUGCGGAAUGAAGAUCGUCAUAAAGAACCCUUUCAAAUAUCUGAGGAGAUGCGCAAACUUGGCAUCUCCUCCCGGCUUGACCAAGUGUUUGAUUCUCCUGAUGCUGUCAAGGAGGUUUUGACUAGCCAAUUUGCUCUGGAACAUUCGUAUAUUGGAUCCAGGGAAACUGAUCAGAAGGCUGAUGAGGUUUCGAAAUUAGGAAUUUUGGAUUUUUGGACUCCAGAAAAUCACUACAGAUGGUCUGUUUCUAGAUAUGGUGGUCAUGUUUCAGCAAUUGUUGAACCGGUGGCUCGCUCACGUCUUCUUGUCUGUAGUACGGAUACUGGGGAAAUUGAAAGGCUGAGGUCCAAGAAAAAGGAGCUUGAAGAAAUCAUUGAUGAUUUAGAGGAAAAUUUCAAAUCACUUCAGAUAGAACAAAGACUUUUAGAGGAUGAAGCAGCUAAACUUCAUAAGCAGCGGGAGGAGAUUAUCAACACUGUACAACUUGAGAAGAGAAAGCGUCGUGAAAUGGAAAACCGAGUUAGUCAAAGAAAACGGAAAUUAGAGUCUAUGGAGAAGGAGGAUGACUUGGAUACAGUUAUGGCAAAGCUCAUAGACCAAGCUGCAAAAUUUAACAUUCAACGGUACCAAUGUGUAAUUGAAAUUAAGAAUUUACUCAUUGAGUCAGUUUCCUACAAACGAACUUUCGCCGAAAAGCAUAUGACCUCCAUUGAAUUUGAUGCAAAGAUUAGAGAAUUGGAAGUUGGUAUCAAGCAGCAAGAAAGGUUUGCUAUGCAAGCAUCCUUGCACUUUGAGAAUUGUAAGAAGGAAGUGGAGGAUCAUCGACAGCAACUGGCAGCUGCCAAGAGGCAUGCAGAAUCAAUUGCCGUGAUCACUCCAGUACUUGAGAAAGCAUUCCUUGAGAUGCCAGCUACAAUAGAGGAUUUGGAGGCUGCUAUUCAAGAUACUAUCUCUCAAGCCAAUUCUAUUCUUUUUCUAAACCACAACAUUUUGGAAGAAUAUGAAGAGUGUCAACAAAAGAUAGAAGCCAUUUCUACAAAACUGGAAGCAGAUGAAAAGGAACUGAGGAUGUAUUUGGCAGAAAUAGAUGCCCUGAAGGACAAUUGGCUUACCACAUUGAGAAACCUUGUUGCUCAAAUAAAUGAGACCUUUAGUCGAAACUUCCAAGACAUGGCUGUUGCUGGAGAAGUUUCAUUGGAUGAGCAUGAUAUCGAUUUUGAUCAAUUUGGGAUACUUAUAAAAGUCAAGUUCAGGCAAGCAGGAGAACUUCAAGUUCUUAGCGCCCACCAUCAAUCUGGAGGGGAGCGCUCAGUUGCAACUAUUCUGUAUCUUGUUUCUCUACAAGAUCUCACAAACUGCCCUUUUAGGGUGGUUGAUGAGAUAAAUCAAGGAAUGGACCCAAUAAAUGAAAGAAAGAUGUUCCAGCAACUAGUGAGAGCUGCAAGCCAACCUAAUACACCACAAUGUUUCUUACUUACACCUAAGUUGCUACCGGAUCUAGAAUACAGUGAGGCUUGUAGCAUUCUGAAUAUAAUGAAUGGACCAUGGAUUGAGCAGCCUUCAAAAGUGUGGAGCAAUGGAGAUUGCUGGGGAACUGUCGUUGGUUUAUUAGGAAAAAGCCAAUGCUAAAAGAACAAUCACAGAUGAUGAUUUCUCCUCCUUCAGGAAUUAUGCAAAAGAGCAAGUUCACAAAUCCAGGGCAAUCCAUCAAAAGCAAGCUGUUUGUUGUAGAGUUUUACCUCUUCCGCCCUUUGUAAGAAGGAUUUUUUUCUUAUAGAUGAAGUUAUGAUUAUUAGGGCAGGGCUCAUUUCUUGCUCAAAGCCUUAUUUAUGAAGACAGACCAAUCUCUGCCAGUGUCACCUGAAGGAUCUAGUCAAGCAUGCUAAAUUGAUGAUUGAUGAACCAACCUGCUCUUCACAACUUUGUAUGCCCAGAUGUUGAUACUAGUCUGUUAUUUAGUGAAGUAUCAUCCUUCACUCCUUGUAUAAGCCUUUUUGUAAUAGUAAAUUAACCUAUUUCUGUGAAACAAAACUAAUCAUUCAGGCAAGGAGUUGUGUUUUCUGGUGUCCUAAGAUGUUGAAUCUUAAGUUAAAUCUUUUGAGGGUA